AUGGAUUCAUCCCGAAUUUUUGUGAAAGGUCUGCCACCAAAUCUCAAUGAGGCCGACUUGCGAAAGCACUUCGCGUCCAAAGGUCAUAUCACAGACGUGAAGCUGAUACAACACCGAAGGAUUGGAUAUGUUGGUUACAAGACCUCCCAGGAGGCGGCAGAUGCUGUUAAAUAUUUCAAUCGCACCUUCGUACGCAUGUCCAGGAUAGGCGUCGAGUUCGCAAAACCUAUAUCAGAUCCUUCCUUGUAUCGGGCACAGCAUGGAGGAAGUCAGCCAGUGACUGCAGAGAUUCCCCGAAAUGUUACCAAGCAAUCUUCAGAAUCCGAAGCCAACACGGAAAAUGCGAAGAAGAGGAAACGAGAUGCGCUCGAUAAAUCUGACCCCAAGCUGCAAGAGUUUUUAAGUGUUAUGCAACCUAAGAUGGCACCGACAAGUCAGGUACACGGGAUAGCUAUAGAACCUACAGACGAGCCGCCGGCAAAAUUUGCAGCAGUACCUGUGGAUGAGGGAGCAUCUGAUGACGAGUAUGAAGUCGUGCCAGCCCGUCGAAGGAGGAGUCAGCCUCAAGAGAUUACGAAGCCCACUGUAACUAGUGGAGUCAGUGUUCAACCCGUCGAAGAAGUUGACAAACUUGAGGAACCUGCCAAGGAACAAGUCGUGCCCAGUGUUUCUACUCUGACUGAAACUGCACCUCCACCGGCUGCCACAGAUGAUGACUGGCUACGAUCACGGACGAAUAGGCUGCUUGAUCUAGUUGACGAUGAGGAUCCAAUUCCUAACCGGAUGCCGGCGGGUGAUCUUCCAUCUGUAUCGCCGCAGCAGGAACAGGAACCUGAGGUCGUUGAUGCAACCAUAGAUGAAGACCAUGCGAUGGAAGAUCAAACCCAGCAACCCGAGUCGGAUGAGCAGGACGAGCCGCUCGUAGACUCUAAAGAUGAUCCUCUGGAUUCAGUACGCAAGAAUAGGAGAUUAUUCGUGCGGAAUUUGCCAUUUUCCGCUACCGAGGACGAUCUCAGGUCGUACUUCCAACAGUAUGGUGACGUUGAAGAGGUUCACGUGCCAAUGCAAAACUCGGGCAAUAACCGCGGAAUCGGCUUUGUUUUAUUUACCAGUCAAGAUGACGCGACCAAAGCAUUCCAAGCAGAUCGUACCUCGUUUCAGGGCAGAAUUUUACAUGCCCUUCCAGCAUCGGCGAAACGGGACCAUAAUCUGGAUGACUUCACACUGUCCAAGUUGCCGUUGAAACAACAGAAUCUUAUCAAGAAGAGAGCUAAGGCGGCAGAGUCCAGAUUCAACUGGAAUUCACUCUAUAUGAACCAGGAUGCUGUGAACUCAUCAGUUGCCGAUCGUUUGGGAAUUUCAAAGUCCGAACUGCUGGACCCAACCAAUUCUGAUGCUGCUGUGAAGCAAGCCAUAGCCGAGACCUCAACAAUUCAAGACACUAAAGCCUAUCUGAUAGCUAAUGGUGUUGAUCUGGACGCUUUCAAGUCAGGGCCGCGGGGCGAUACCGCAAUCCUUGUAAAGAACUUCUCUUACGGCACUACGAUUGAAGAAUUAAGAACUCUCUUCGAAGAGCAUGGUCAGGUAUUGAAAGUGUUGAUGCCGCCCACGGGGACUAUAGCGAUUGUUCAAUUUGCACAAGCUCCCCAGGCUAAGGCUGCUUUCACGAAGCUAGCGUACCGCCGGUUUAAAGAGUCCAUCCUAUUCUUGGAAAAGGCACCCAAGAAUUUAUUCGUAGCUAAAGAACAGGAGGCGAUAAGCCAGGCUUCUACGGCCAAAGAGCCUAGUGGCGUACAGAAACUGUCUGUUUCAGAAUUACUGGAACAAGACAAUCAAGAACCUGUGGAGUCGAGUUCUCUAUUUGUUAAAAAUCUUCAUUGGGACACCACCACCGAAGAGCUUGCAAAUGAAUUCAAACACCUCGAAGGGUUUAGAUCUGCGCAAGUGAAAACAAAGAAAGACCCCAAGAAGCCCGGCCAAGUGCUUAGUAUGGGAUUUGGAUUUGUCUCUUUUGCCAACAAAGCGACAGCUGAGGCCGCCUCCAAGGUCAUGGAUAAUUACGUCCUUCGGGGACACACACUUCAAGUUAGAGCUUCGCACCGUGGGCGUGAUGCAGCGGAGGAACGAAGAAAGGAAGAUAAUGCCAAGAAGACAGCAGGCCAGGGAACAAAGAUCAUAAUCAAGAACAUCCCCUUCCAAACCAAUAAGCAGGACAUCCGAACGCUUCUAGGCGCAUACGGGCAGCUCAAAUCAGUCCGUGUCCCCAAGAAGUUCAACUCGACGAGCAAAGGUUUUGCCUUUGCCGAGUUUGUGUCGUCGAAAGAGGCCGAGUCGGCAAUGCUGGCCCUACAAGACACGCACUUAUUAGGACGCAGACUUAUCCUUGAGUACGCAGAGGCAGAGACGAUUGAUCCGGAAGAGGAAAUCGCGAAAAUGCAGAAGAAGGUAGGCGGUCAAGCCAACAAAGUAGCCCUGCAACAACUCACAGGGGGGAGCCGCAAAAGGGUAACCCUUGGAGGUGAUGAGGAGGAAGGGGAGUUUUAA